UUGAAAAAAGAAGUAGAAAAAUGGUGCUUUUAUAGGUUAUGUUUCAAUCAACCUGGAAGAAAUUCAAAUUUAGGUAGAGGCUGUGUUUUUCGUAUAUGUAUGUUAGUUAUAUGCAAUGAUUUCAACUUCCAGAGGUUUAUAUAAAGUUGUUGUACAACAAAAAUUAUUUACAAAUGUUAAUAACAUAACUCGAAAUAUAGCUGCAAGGCAUAAGUCCUAUACACCAAUUAAUACAGUAAUUAUGUUUGUACCACAACAAGAAGCCUGGGUUGUAGAAAGAAUGGGUAAAUUUCACAGAAUACUUGAACCUGGUUUAAAUGUACUCAUUCCCAUCGUAGACAGGGUAAAAUAUGUGCAAAGUUUAAAAGAAAUCGCCGUCGAUAUUCCAAAGCAGAGUGCAAUAACAUCUGAUAAUGUCACAUUGAGUCUUGAUGGUGUUUUAUAUCUUAGAAUCAUCGAUCCUUAUUUAGCAAGUUAUGGUGUUGAAGAUCCUGAAUUUGCCAUAACGCAACUAGCACAAACUACUAUGAGAUCAGAAUUAGGAAAAAUAUUACUGGAUAAAGUGUUUAGGGAAAGAGAAAAUUUGAAUGUAUCCAUUGUUGAUUCAAUAAAUAAAGCUAGUGAAGCAUGGGGUAUGACAUGUCUUAGAUACGAAAUUAGGGAUAUAAAACUUCCUCCGAGAGUCCAAGAAGCUAUGCAAAUGCAGGUAGAGGCUGAGAGAAAAAAGAGAGCAGCAAUUUUAGAAUCAGAGGGAGUAAGAGAAGCCGAUAUUAAUGUUGCAGAAGGUAAAAGAAAAGCACGCAUUCUUGCUUCAGAAGCUGAUCGCCAAGAACAAAUUAACAAAGCAGCUGGUGAAGCUGCAGCAAUAUUAGCAGUUGCCGAAGCACGAUCUGGAGGUUUAAAACUGGUUGCAGAAGCCUUACAGAAAGAUUUAGGUCCCAAUGCUGCCUCCUUAAGUAUUGCUGAACAAUAUGUACAUGCAUUUAAUAAAUUAGCUAGAACAAAUAAUACCUUGAUUUUACCAGCAAAUACUGGAGAUGUUUCAAGUUUGGUUUCACAGGCAAUGAGCAUAUACUCUACUAUUACGAAAUCUCAAGAAGUACCAAAAACACGGACACUGCCUCCAAAACCUAGUCAACCUGUUGUAACAGCAGUUGCUGACGAUGAUUUAGCAGAGUAUUGUAGUGAUGAUGAAGAUAGAAAAUCAUUUAAAGAUAAAAAUAUAUCCCCUGACGAUCCGUUAAAAAAGUAAACUGAACAGCCAUCUAUAUACUGCGUGUUUUUUAUAUCGUUUUUAGGUUUUUAAUGGAAGUGUAGCCAAUACUUCUUUGUAUACAUAAGUGUAGUAAUCUUUUUCUCAUAGGCAUCUUUCAGUGCGUCAAAGUUUUUCGAUUUCUUUCUAACGAAUUAAAUUGUAUGUGACAGAUAAAAAGACACGUCCGUGAUUACAGACAUUUAUAACAUUUAUUCUAGUUGUCGAUAGAUGGCGCUAUAAUCGAAAAAAAAAUUAUUUACGAAUUAUAUAAUAUAUCGACGAAUAUAAUCUGUACAAUUUAUAAGACUGUACAAAUCAAAGAAAAUACCAUUUUAUAAAUGCAAUAAACACAAUUGAUUUGUUUUUAUGCCAAAUUGCAAAUAAAAUGUGACAACUGUCAGAUUUAACUAAAAUGCCAUGUUAGAAUAAACGUUAUAAAUGUGUAUUACCACGGACUUAACUUUUUUUCUAUCAUUUGUGACGCACUGAAAAAUGCAUAUGAAAAGGACCAUAGAUAACAUGUAACAUAUUUUUUUAUAUGUAGUGAGGUAGCUAUGAAUAACUGUUGUAUAAUGUGUUGGUCACUCCGAGAAGUCAAUACAGGUUCUUACGAAGCGCAACGAUGCCAGUUCGCAGCCUCAGCAUGGACCGGGUUAAAUUCUUGUAUUUAAAAGCCACCUCUGGUGUCCGUACCGAUUAUGUCGCCACGCGGUUCCUUUACUUCUCAUUUGAAAAACAUUGCCAUAUACAAGCCGUACUGACAUCUCAGAGUGAUAAACACUAUAUGUAGAUGUUUCAAGAUUUUACAAAAUAUUGUAAUGGAUCCUGCUUUAGUAGAUUUUUUCCUGUCAACAGAUUCAGCAGAAAACACGGGUACUAUUAUAUGUGAAAACUAGAAGUAGUAUUAUGUGAUUUAUUUCUUCACUAUCCUAUGUUUUGUUAGUUUAAAUAGUUGAGACAAUCUCAACUGUUCACACAGUUUCGUUUCAGUUUCCCAAGUUUUUUAGACAAGCGUAUUUUUUCCGCUCUUACCAUCAAUGUUUCUGUCUAUAGUAAGAGAUAAUGUCAGCUUCAUAGCCAGAUAGUCAGUCGGUUCAUUAGACUGGCAGAUUCACUUCGAAGUAAUUAUCUUAACAAUUGAAGACUACAGAGGAAAAACGCUGUAAGUCAAUUUUUCUCGAUUUUUUGAUGAAUACAUUUUUCGAUACUUGGAUACACGUAGUACAAUCCACAAAUAUCAAACAAAAUAAAAGUGCAAUAAGUCAAACGUUAGAAACGAAUAAAAUAAUGCUGUACAAUGGAAGAGCGCUGCAAGUCAAGGUUAAACUAGGCAACAAUGCUAUAAGUCAGAGUUAGGUGCUCAAUGCGCCUGUCCGUAGGGACAAUUUACAACGGAAAAUCACAGUCAGUGUUCAGCAUUCAUACAAGUUGUUUAUUUUAGUAUCAUUAUUAUCAUAAUCACAGUUUGUUUUUUAACGUUUAGUAAGUUUGAACUAUUGUUUAUUAAUAUGGAAAGCGAGGACAGUGAAAUUGAAGAGGCUUUACAAUCAAAAACUACAAGAAAACGAAAAAGUUUUGGGCGAAUACGUGAUGUAGCUUUGAUAGAUUUGACUCUAUUUUAGUGACCUUUCCUAUAAGAGGUCACUCCUACAUGGAGACGGAUAAAGAUUUUGGUAUCGUUAACCAAAAAAGUACAGCAGAAACCCCAGAAGAUUGGGAAGCAGUGUUACAAUUGGCUCGUCAAAAACCUGCGCCUUAUAAAGUAGAAGAGGUUGAUAACUACUGCGUGCGUAGCUGGGACACUUUUCUUGCACCUAUGUAUGCUACAAAAGCACCUUUUAAAACUAGACCAAUAAGAAAAUUAAGCAUUUCAAAGCAACAUCCCAGACUAAUUUAUUUCAGAGACACCUACAAUGGAACAAUGGUUUCUGCUGUCAUUAACAAAAAAGUGACUGGUAGGGAACCACCGUAUACUGGAAAAGAAUUCGUUUUUCCUUCUCGAUCCUAUACUGAGUCACUGCCCAUUCCAAUGGCAAAAUACAAAGAUCUCCAACUUUUAAAAAAAAUUUGUUCAGAAAAAGGAAAUUUCCCAUUAAAAAUAGUUGAUUGUAAAAAUGCCACAAGGAAAUAGCUUCAGAACAACAUUCAGAAAAAGGAAGAAUGUAUUUUGAUCAGCUAAAAAAAAACAUGACUUAUUUUUUAUCUUAAGAAUUUUACAAUGUUAUUGAUUCACUUAACAGAUAAUAUUAAUGUUUUUAGGUUUAGUUAAGUUAAACAAGUCUAGUUCUGUUUAUUUUUUUCUUUCGUUGAAUUACAAUUAUAUUUUGUCAACUACAGCGUUUUUGCCUUUUUCCUCCAGACCUUUGGUUGUUUUUUUUUUAAUUUCUCUUGUUACCUACUGUACAUGACAAUUUCAGUUUUAUAAUAUCAUGCUUUGUAUAUGAGUUAUCAAAUACUCAAUGCAACAGUGUUUUAGCAUGUUUAUUUAUGAAUUAUGAAGUUUUGAAUCUAAAAAUCGCGUUUUCCAAAAAUUUAAAAAAUUGACUUGCAGCGUUUUCUCCCUGUGUUUCGUGUUUCUAUCUACAGGGUAAACAGAGUAAUACUUAAAACGCAAUAGUAUAAAGCCCAAAGGAUCUGUAAGUGAAUCGAGCCGAUUAGCCGAUCGAUGAAUAAGUAGUAGGUCCCGCUAACGUUCAUUCUUAUCUCUACCUGAUGACUUUAAGAUGUUAGAAAAGAGGAAAAUGCAUAUAUAACCUUUUUCUUCGAUAUAGGUACAUAUUGCACCCCGAUUGCAAUAGUGCCAUAUCCCUAAAAAAUGGAAAAUCGUUUUUUGGCCUAACACAUUCCUUUAGGGGUUGUCUUUAUUUUGAAAUAAUGUCAUAUAAUUUAGUUAUCUUAGAAUCUGCAUAGUGCGCCUGUGUCGUUAUUACCAUUUCCGGUUUUGGCACUCUCUGCAUUAGCAAGCGUGCAACAAGAGAGUUUGCGUUACGCUGUGGUCGAGAGUGGAUGUGUAAUAAGUACCGUUCGUUUUUAAAUAUUGCUCUAACAUGUGAUAAUGCAUUUGUUAGGCAUAGAAAAAUUACUCAAGUAAAACUUCUCUAGUUGAUAAUCCCUACUCCUCGAAUUUUGAAUAUGGGUGCCUUAGAAAUAACGCCUUAUCAUAUUUUAAGGGCGAAUUUCAGGGUAAAGCAAUGUCAGUAACUAAAAAUAAAUAUUAGCAUUAGAUAGCCGUCAUACAUAAUUAACAUGGAUGCAGAAUUUGAUUAACUUUAGAUAAGGAAAUUGCAGAGGGAAAAACGAAGAUUUCACAUAACAUUUCAGGGUUAAGGCACUAAUGAAGUCGGAGUGCGAUACAUGUUAGUCAUUUUUUUUUGUAGUUUUAUUGUUUUUGGCGGUUCUUCAUCUUUAUACUCAAUACUUAAAAAGUUUUAGUUGGUUACCCAAUUAUUUACAUAGGUCCUUUGGCAUUCUUUUUUCACUCAAUCUGCAUUUUUGUUCUGAUAUGUCAUGAUAUUAUGAUUAAAGAGUACACAUUAUGAAUUUUCUUUAGCAUUUAAAGUACAUACUUAGACAAAAUUAAUUUAGUUAUGUGUAUAUUAAGAGAUUUGCUACAGUUCCAAAUAACAAUAAGGUAAAAUAAGAACUGAAAUUAUUAAUUGGUUGAAAAUGAUUUACUGUCUUAAAUGUUCGCAACUCUUCCAUAUAUUUAUGGUUUAUUGCAGUGUACAUAUUUUUUUAGUAAAUAAAAUAAUGUUUGCUGA